AAGCAGGUAGGCUACUGCUGGAUUGGCAAGACCAGACCAUGUCUCCUCUCACACCUCCUCCCCUGCUGUGGUUAUGGCUGACUCCUAUCUGUCCCUCUGGGUAGCUGGGAAAGAUGCCCUAUCCCCAACGACCAAUCUCAUCCAGCAGGCCAACCAGGAGACUGACAGGACAGGAUGGACUAGACUAGCAUCUAGAAGUUGCGUAUGUCUCAGCCCUUCUCAACUCUUACAACAACUACCUUCCCAACUCCAGAACUCUCCCAUUAGACUACACUACUCUGUGUUGCUGCUGUUCUGUUUUUAUCCCUCAUAUUGCGACCAGGACUGUGCAGCUAGGCUUUAGGCUGGACUGUCUGUCAGAAUGCACAGGGCCAUGGGAGGGCCUGGCCCCCCACCCUUCCAGGACAUCUAUGAAUUCUCCAUGGACGGUGACGAGACCGGGGCCCAGAUCUUUCUGCGGGGCCCGAGGGUAGCCAUGGAGGGCCCAGCGGUGCCCCUGUCCCCUCACUCCGAAUAUAUCCAGACUGAGCACCAGCAAGGCGGUCUCUUCUCUCUCGGGCCCCCCGCCCAUGGAGUGCCCCACGCUGCCCCUCAGGGUAAGAAGAGGAGGCGGUGCGGCGUGUGUGCACCCUGUAUGCAGAAGGAGAAUUGUGGCACCUGCAGCAACUGUAUGAACCGUAAGAUUGGGAAGCAGAUCUGUAAGCUGCGUAAAUGUGACCAGCUGAAGAAGAAGGGACAAAAGGACUGCGAGGUGGGACAUAUUGAGGACUACAGGACAGCCUGGUCGGUAAAGCCCAGUCUGGCAACAGAGACUGUUUCGGACACUGGUUCAGUGGAUGGCCCCAGAAGAGGAGGCCAGAUGGAAACUGGGUCACAUGACCGCCUCGAAGAAGGCGGUUCGUUGAGCCUGGAACCGACCAAUGGGGUGAGCCGGCAACCCAGUGACACCAAUGAAGAGGGUGGAGCCGGCCUGGACACCCAGAGGGAGCCCCAUCGAUCAGGUAGUGUUCCCCCAGGACAGGGUUGGGUACCUGGGCAGGGCAAAGCCCCUCAACCCCAGAAGCAGCUGCCCUGCAGUGGCUGGAGCAGUAGUGGUAGGACUCCUGGGGAGCCAGUCCACGAGGCAGACAUGGAGGACGCACGCAAUCUGGUAGCCUUCUCAGCCAGCGUUAAUGUGGGCUCCCUGGCCCCCAUCCCCGAGGCCCAGUCCUACACCGCCCAGCUGUAUGAAAAGUUCAACCAGGAGAUGGGCACUGCUAAGGGGGCCGCGGCUCAAGCCAGGCUCCAAGCCCCAGAGGGAGGGGACCAGGCUAGCCCACCAGAGGACUUGAACACCCUGCAGACCACCCUGAAGACUGCCCUGAGCCAGGCGAGGCACGGCCACAAGCCCCCAAACUGUGACUGUGAUGGGCCCGACUGCCCAGACUACUUGGAGUGGCUGGAAAAGAGGCUCAAACAGGCGGGGGCAGGGGAGGAGCAGGAAAAUAACACACCCUGUUCCAAGAUGGCCGCCGACACGCCGCCUCAUCAACAGCCACCACACUCACAACAGCCCCCCUCACCCCCACACCAUCCUCACCCCCAUGUCAAUGGAGGUAACCCGCUUCACCCUCACCAACAGGGCCAACGCCCAGGCUCUGUCCCCUGCUCCCCUCAGGUCCUCUCCAUCGCCAAGGAGAAGAACGUCAGUCUGCAGACGGCCAUAGCUAUCGAGGCCCUGACCCAGCUGUCUGCCACCACCCCCCAGACUGUGGUCCCUCCUGCCCAGGCCUCCUCCACCAGCCACCAACAACCCCCUGUACACCCCCAGCACGGCAACCGCUUGCUCCCCUCCUCCCCCGGCCCCAUGUCCUCUUUGUCCUCCUCGCGGUCACAAUCUGUCCCCCCUGGACUGUACCCCCAGCAGAGCUCCGGGUCGUGGGAGCAGCAGCACAGACCCCAGUCCCAGGGUCAUCCGGCCCACGCCUCCCCUCUCCCGUCCUCCCCUUUGCAGACCCAGGCAGGCAGCCCCCACCCUCAGCAGUGGCAGCAGCAGCAGGCCCCUGGGGGAAUCCAAGAGCAGAGGAACCGGUGGAUGAUGAUGUACUCAGACUCCCAGCAGUCUCACUUCGCCCCUCCAUCCGGUGGCCACAGCGUUGGCGACCCCAUGUCCGAACUCAAACAGCUACUGGGGGACUCCAGCGGAAAGUACAUAAAUGACCCCUUCAAGCUGCCCGUCCCACACCACCACAUCAAGCAGGAACCAGGGAUGCCUCAGGUCAAGCAGGAGGUCAACUCUGGGGAGUACCAGAGCUCUGCCUGUGCCUACAUGGGCAGUCGCUACGGCCUGAUGAACGGCCAGCAGCAGCCUGGGUACCCUGGUCCACCUCUCUCCACAGGCAGCACUGCCAUCCACUACUCCACCCAGACAGCCCUGCAGCAGCACCUUCACCACAAGAGGAACCUCUUCUCUAACCCCCCCGGCCCCCCAGGCCUCUGUCCUCCACGGCCUACCCAGGCCUGCCAGAACCUCCGCAAGUGGUGGCCCCAACAGAUGGGCCCCGAGGGCCACCUCAUCCCUGUGGCCAUCAAGCAGGAGCCCAAGGAGCCCAAGAGGAGGAAGAGCACGGUGGGGACAUCGCCGCUCCUCAAGCAGCCAGGGAUGCUGCACUAUCCAGGUCCAAAACCCAAGACGAUAGUCAUCAAGAAAACCAAGCAGAAGGCCUCCAUGCCAACCUUCCUGCCUCACAGCCAGAUCUCCAUACAAAAACCGUCUCCACUCACCAUGAUCGGAGCCCUGCCUCUGGCCAGCGCCCAUUCAGGUUCUCUCCCUUUCCCUACCUUCCCCCUCCUCAGUAACCCCACUCAGGCUGCUGCAGGCCUCCCAACCCCGGCCCAAUCUCAGGUAUCCAUUUUAAACUCUUCUAUUGCACGCUCUGUCACUGCUCCUGCCUUCUCUGUAAACAGUCCAGCCGUCUCAACCCCUCUGCCUCUCCCUGCAGCCCCGGACGCCCCGGCUAGCUCAGGGGAGGCCGGCGCCACACAGACCUCCACCACCUCUCAGUCCAUACCAGGCCUCAGCUCCCUGGACCCCAAGUUUGAGGAGCUGAUCCUCCAGUUCGAGGCAGAGUUCGGGGACAGUUCAUCCUCGGCCCCAGUGCCCUGCCCUCCUCAGAUCCAGCCUCAGGACCAGUCCCCCUCAGCCUCAGCCCAGCCCAACAUAACCUCAGGACAAGCCAGGACCAUGUCACCGUCCAGCACCGCCACCCAGUCCUGCAGCCCUACUCCCUUAGCUUCUACCACAGCCCCACCAGCAGACCAGGACAUGGAGGUGGACAAGGAGAAUGUGACAAGGGGUGUGAGUGAAGCAUCCUACACCUCUGCCACACAGCCCUCCAUUGAGAGCCCCAUGGAGGAGCAGCCCGAGGGGGCCCAGUUGCCUCUCUCGCUGCGCCAAGAGGUCCAUCUGGAGCAGCAGCAGCACCGCGUCCUUGAAGACCCCUUCACCGUGCCUCUCUCCCCCUCCACGUCCCCGCUGCCCAAACGCAUGAAGAUCGAGACGAAUGGGAACGUGGCUGUCCUCUCCACCACCGGAUCAUUCUCUGAGGGGGGCGAGGACGACACCCCCACUAAGGACGGAUUCCCCCUCAACCCCUCCCUAAAAGGCUUCCUGGAGUCGCCGCUACGCUACCUGGACACGCCCACUAAAAGCCUGCUAGACAUGCCCGCCAAGGACCUCCAGGCUGAGUUCCCCACCUGCGACUGUGUUGAGCAAAUCCUAGAGAAGGAUGAGGGUCCAUACUACAAUCACUUGGGCUCUGGGCCCACUGUGGCCUCCAUACGAGACCUGAUGGAGACCAGGUAUGGAGAGAAGGGAGAUGCUAUCCGUAUUGAAAAGGUAGUCUACACCGGCCGGGAAGGCAAGAGCUCUCAGGGAUGUCCCAUCGCCAAGUGGGUGAUUCGUCGGGGCAGUGAUACAGAGAAGUUGCUGUGUCUGGUGCGUCCCCGGGCGGGUCACCACUGUCCCAACGCCUUCAUCAUCAUCCUCAUCAUGGCGUGGGAGGGCGUGCCCCGGGCGCUAGGCGACAAGCUCUAUCGAGAGCUCUCCGCCACCCUCACACAGUUCGGCAACCCCACUAGCCGCCGCUGUGGACUCAACGACGAUCGUACGUGCGCGUGCCAAGGCAAGGACCCCGACAGCUGUGGAGCUUCCUUCUCCUUCGGCUGUUCCUGGAGCAUGUACUUCAACGGCUGCAAGUACGCCCGCAGCAAAACGCCACGCAAGUUCAGACUAGCAGGAGACCACCCCCAAGAGGAGGAUCAACUCAGGGAUAACUUCCAGGAUCUGGCCACUGAGGUGGCUCCCCUGUACAAGCAGCUGGCCCCACAGGCCUACAGUAACCAGUGUCAGAAUGAGACGAAAGCCACAGACUGCAGGCUGGGUCUGAAGGAAGGCCGGCCGUUCUCCGGAGUCACCGCCUGCAUGGACUUCUGUGCCCAUGCCCACAAGGACCAGCACAACCUCUACAAUGGCUGCACUGUGGUGUGCACUCUGACGAAAGAGGACAACCGUGCGGUGGGGGAGAUCCCAGAGGACGAGCAGCUCCACGUACUUCCCCUCUACAAGGCCGCCCUCACAGACGAGUUCGGCAGCGAGGAGGGCCAGCGUCAAAAGAUGCGCACAGGCGCCAUUCAGGUGCUCAACAACUUCCGCCGUGAGGUCCGCAAGCUGCCCGAGCGCGCCAAGUCCUGCCGCCAGCGCCGCCUGGACGCUAAGAACCGCGCCUCCGAGAAGAAGAAGGGCAAGCAGCAGCCGCCAACGCCCACAGAGACGCCGGAGAAACCCGGGAUCAAGAUGGAGGUCCGGCACGCUGGCUCCCCUGUCAGACAGAAUGGCAAUAAAGCCAUCCCUAAGCAGGAGGUGAAGCCCACCAUAAAGAAGGAGCCAGUGGACCAGCGCUUCCAGCACUUCCAUGGUCAGCUGGAGGGCUACCCUGCCCAGGCUGCCGACCCCUACCACGUCUACCCCUCCCGCCCUGGCUACUACGCACGGGGAGGCCUCUCUUCCAAUGGCCAGCCCCCUGCACUUCCACCUCCACCAGGCCCUGUCAAUGGCUACCGCCCUAAUCUACCGGCAGCACUGCCCUAUAGCUACUACACCUACCACCCCAACCCUAGCACACUUUUCCCCCAUGAGCUCACUUACGAGGGCUGCAACGGCUCCUGGCACCACAUGGGGCCCAAGUUUUCCCCCAGUCCUGUGGACAAGAAGCCAGACGUUCAGAGCCUCCAGGCCAGGCUGGCUCACUCCUACUCAAGCCCAGGCCACCUUGAGCAGCAGGAGCACGGAGACCCAGCCAACCAACACCAACACAGCACUUACCCACACCCUCACCAGCCUGACUACAACCAAUCACGUCCCUCCUCAGCCUCCUCAGAGCCCUCCUACAGAGGGACCCCCGUCAUCAAGCAAGAGCCCAUGGAUAUGCCAGUUUAUAAGGAGGUCAAUGCCCAGAGCUGUCCCAGCAUGCCCAGCACCACCCCUCAGCCUGGUGCUGCUGGAGGGCCCUGGCAUGGGCACAAGCCCAACGGCAUUAGGGUGCCCAGCAGUUGGGAAGGCAACCUCCAACCACCAGGCCCCCCGGAGGCUCCCUUCACUUCAGACAAGCAGCAGUUUCACCAGCACGGACCUCACCAGACUUUCCAGUCCCCAUACCUCCAAGAGCAGCAUCAGCAUCCCCCACAACAGCCCUCCCCAUACUCCCAGCAGUGGAACUCUUACCAUGGCCCAAACACCCCCACAGCCUCCCCUGCUCCCUCCCCGUCUCCCUCCAUAAAGAUACCCCCGUCCCCCUUUCCCUCAUCACACCCCGGCACCCCCCACCACUGGGACAGCCCUGAUUCCAGCCCUCAGCCCAAGGCUUGGCCCAUGGGCAUGGUUCCUGCUGGUUAUAGCCCCAGUCCCGUCGGAGGCUUCCCCGACAAGAUGUGGUCCAAGGCGGGCGAGAGUUGGGGCUCGACCCCCUUGGGGCUCCAGGAGAAGGCCUGGAAGUCUUCCGGAGGCUCUAUGGCAGGUACACCGUCCCCGGCCCCAGAGGGACGCUUGUUCCCCGAUGCCCUACAGCAGUCGGAUGGACAGUCCCAGGCUGAGACUCCUCGCAACCUCGAGGAGGAAGAGCGGUGGUCGGACAGCGAGCAUAACUUCUUGGACCCCAGCAUCGGAGGGGUGGCGGUGGCGCCCGCCCACGGGUCCAUCCUGAUUGAGUGCGCCCGGCGCGAGCUGCACGCCACCACACCGCUCAAGAGGCCCGACCGCUCUCACCCCACCCGCAUCUCCCUGGUGUUCUACCAGCACAAGAACAUGAACCAGCCCUGCCACGGUCAGUGGAUCUGGGAGGCCAAGAUGAAGAUGCUGGCGGAGCGGGCUAGAGAGAGGCAGCAGGAGGCAGCUCUACUGGGGCUGCCCUACGACGACAUCAAACCUGGGAAGAAACGCAAAUUGGGGGCCACGGCAGCAGGGGCCAGCCCGGGGCCUGGCCAGACCACGGACAAGAGAGAGGGGCCGGUGACACGGCUGGCCUCCACGCGACACACCACCUCUACCAUCACUGUAUCCCCCUACGCCUUUACCACCCUCACCGGGCCCUACAGCCACUUUGUGUGAGGAUGGAUGGACACACAGACUGGUGGAGGGAGAGAGGGCUGAGCAGGCCAGGGAGGAGUGUCUCAGCCCUUCCUUUAGUCCCGUGUCUCUCUCCAUCCUUCUCUUCCUGCUCUGUUUCCUCUGGGCUGGAAGGAGGGGGACUACUGGUUUAACUCCUCGUUUUGUUUUGUUUGUUUUUGUACCUCAUGUCAGGCAGCAGUUUGGACCAGACCCUGGGCCAGACAGACACGCUGCCUGUGGUGCUCGUCCUCUUUCCUCCGCGCGGGGGGGGGGGGGACUCCAUCGCUUCUCCUUCUUCAUAGAAUUUUAAUGAUCCUCCUAAUUAUUACUAUUAUUAUCAAUAUUAUUACGAUUGCUAUUGUUACUGUCAAUGUUGUUAUUACAGGUAUUGUUAUUUUUAUGACGCUGAGUUGAUUUGUUUGAUAUGGUUGUUUUGUCAUUCAUGUUGUUAUUAAUGAUGUGAUUGGUUUAGGUUUUUCCCCCCGAGGGGUUCUGUCUCUCAGUCGGAUCUUUAUUUUCUCCCAUAUUUCUGGAAAUCUGCCCAUUUCUUUGUUGUUUUUCCUUAGGUCUUUGACAUUCUUGUGACUGUACUUGGAGAAUGGCCUUUCUCAGCACUGCAAGGCUCCUCAAGACAGUCUUUCCAGCAUGGAAUUCUAAACAUUUGAAUCACUAAUCAUUACCAAAAGAGUGAAGAGAAACGCCACCACCCACAGAACCUCCUCUGAACCAUCUGGUUUUUAGGCACGUCCCCAAACUCUUUAAAAAAAAACUCCUGUCUUGUCUGCCUUGCUGUGAAGAGAAGGGUUCUUCUCUCGUCAUUGUUCCUCUCACCCUACCAAUCCACCUCACUAUAUUGGUGCUUCAUGUUGACCUUCAUCCUUUUCACAGGGAGGACGUCAGUCACUCCAUUUCUCUACUCUUCAUGGCACUAGAUGCUGAAUAUAAGGAAUUGGGUGCUUCUAUGGCAUAGACGUAGAGUGAGUAGAACAACAGGCACUGGAAGUCCUCGUCAUCCUUCAGGUGUUGGUUGAGAGAUCUAUCCCUCCAGUACUAUGAUUCCCCUGUAAGCCCCUGUAAAAUGGUGCACUGAUACACACAGACACACGCACACACACAAAGCUCUUGUCAUCCAGCCAGCACAGAGCAAUGCCUUACUGCUUUAAACCACCGAGGCAUGGCCGCCAAAGUCUGGUCCUUCCAACGACCGCAGGCAGCACAGGCCACGCAAGGCCUUUACACUGAAACCGGAGACAUAAGAUGGGAAUAGUGUGUGGACAGAAAUGCACUCCUAAACACACACUGGUGCUUUCUCUACGCAUGUGGACACACCAAAAGGGCUCAGUCAGUCAGUCCUGCUUCUGCAUGGUGCUGUUUGUUGUCUUGAAGCAGAGCUAGGUUUGUCUCUAUGCAUACUUUGUCACAACAGAGCCAGUAAAACCUUAUUCACCAAUCCUGGCUGCCUCUGCAUUGGCCCUAAGUCAUCAAGUGUUGCAGUCAGUGGGUUGAACCCCAGCUGUCUCUGUCUAAUGUGCACCACAGUUGACUGGGCUACAAGAGGUUGUGAAUCUUUUUUCCACAUCUUGCACUAAGAUCCUCCUCAGCCUGUUAGAGAGGCCUCUCACUCAGUGCAGUGCAAUGGUGCAUGUUGUAUCCAGCUCUUAGCUUUUGUUUGUGUGUGUGUGCGUGUGUGUGUGUGUGUGUGUGUGUGUGUGUGUGUGUGUGUGUGUGUGUGUGUGUGUGUGUGUGUGUGUGUGUGUGCGUGCGUGCGUGCGUGCGUGCGUGCGUGCGUGCGUGCGUGCGUGCGUGCGUGCGUGCGUGCGUGCGUGCGUGCGUAAGUGUGUGUGUGCGUAAGUGUGUGUGUGUGAGAACCAGAGCCUGCUUGGUGCUCACUUCUGAGAUGAAAAACCCUGGUGCUUAUGAAGUUGUCGAUAUAGAGCUCUCUAUACCUCAACGUUGCAGAGACACUGGUCAUGGUUGCAAAAAGCUAGAAACACACACACACAGGCACCAGAGAGGACAGAGAAACAUGAUGAACAUUAGUCCACAGCUUCCCUGUGUGCUCUCUUAUCUAAACUCAUUUUAAUCCACUUUUUUAUUCUUAUUUAUUACAUGAUAAUGAUGAUUGUUUUUCGUUUUUUUAAAUAGGUAAUACAAAUUGUACAUACAGAAGAAAGGAUUUUAUAAAAGCACUUUUAAUCUUGAAAAAAAUAACAGAUUAUUGACAACUUGAAGCUUCGUUUUUUUGGUUUGUGUUUUUUUGGGGGGGAGAUAAAAAAAAUGUAAAUAUUUAAAAUAUUUAGGUAAGAUUAUUUAACUGGUGAGGGAUAAUGACUAAAUCAUGAAUGAUUCCAGGCUUUUAAGUCCAGUCAGUUUGUCAGACAGCCUUCAGCAGCAGAAAGCAACACAGUGAUUUCCAAUAUGUUGUUGUGUCUGUAGAUGUAUACUCAAUACUGCUGUCCGGUUUUCAUUAGUACUGUACUACACGAUACCUCUGACAGCAACCAACCAGUCCCCCUUCGUGAGAAGAGAUAGACCUAAUCAGUAAUCAGGCUGCUUAUAAACCUGAGUAUGAUAUCUAGCUAUCCGUUCUGAGAACCAAUGCUAAACGAAGGGCUCUGUAAUCAAUCCGUAUCGCAGGAAUUCAGUGGUAAAGCGCAAUUGAAAUUUAAUCGCAACGGUCUGGUGUUGGAAGAGACGGCAUUCCCACUAAAUGCAUCACAUGUCGGCGCAAUCGGAAAUGACUACAUUUCUAUCACGAAAUCUGUUAACGCUUCAACGAUACGGAUUGAAUAGAGCUCAAAAUAUGUUUGCUUUUUUAAAAUUAUUUUUUAAACACGAGAAUCAAACAGGUGCAGAAUCAAAGUCAUCAGAAAUGUGUGAGAGAACUCUAGUGACAGAGGUGAGGUGUAGCCCCAGCCAUCGAUCUUGUUCAUUGUGUUAGACUAUGAGGUGAGAGGUUGCCACCGCCGUAACUCAUUUUUUAACGUGGUUGUUGGUUAUUAAAAUCAAUGAUAGUGAUUAUAACAGUAGUAAACGAUGUAACCCUAAUGAAAAACCAUGACAACUUAACACUUGUAGUACCAGACUGAAGGUACAGUGUAUUACUGGAAGACACCAGGUAAUACCUGGUAGUAUAGUUUGUAAUAUUGUCUUUUGUUAAUUGUCAUAGAUUGUCACAGACAUGACCAACAGGACUUUGACUAAUUUAGGGACUGGGCUGGAAAAUAUGCCUGUUCCUUUGUCUCACAACGACUCAUGAUCCUGUUUCAACUGUAUUCUAUUCUCACUUUAAGAACAAACUUCCCCCCUUUUAAAAAACGACAAUGCAUGAGUCACACACAGUUCUAAUGAUUCAGGCAUAUUUAUGAUCCGUAUGUAAUAAUGGGUGCCGGUCAUUAUAUUCUUCAGAUUAAUUUUGUACAUUUCUAUACAAGAUGUGAUGGAAAUAACAGAAACAUGCUCAAAGGAGGCUGGGGCUAUGGUGCCCCCCCCCCCCCCCCCGUGGAUUAGUGUGUGUGUGUUGGGGGGGGGGGGGGUUAUAUCACUGAUAUUUUUUAGAGCUCUUAGAUAAGAGGAACUAUUAUUUUAAAUAUGUCAGUUUCAGUGGAUGAGGAACUGCUCCGGUGCUGAUCUUAUGGGAACGUCCCAUUCAUGUUCAAGGCUGUGAACAAAACAAAAAAUGACAACUGUUGAAUUGAAGCACUCACACAUUUCAUACAUACACUUUUAUUAAUCCUUGUCCCCAUAAGGUACUUUUAACUGGUAUGGGGAUUGAAUGAUCAUAUUAUAUUGAAGUGAACAGACUGUUAUCUUAAUUGAAAACUUGUUGCAGUGUAUGUGCGGAAGCUAUUCUAUUAAACAUUACUGUUUUGGGUAUGUUGUACAUUUUAAUGGUGAGGGGAGAAUGUUAAAAUAUUGGAACAAUAUUGGAACAAUUGUGUACUCCCACGCUAUUUUUCUCCCUCAUGCACUUAUUUUCUUACGUACUUAUACACUCACUAACUGCUUACACAUCUCACAUAUUUCCUCACAUACUUUCCAGCUCUCUCUCUCUAUCCUUUUCUCCAUCUCUCCCUCACCCCCCCCCCCUCUCUGUCCCCCUUUCUCUUUCUCAUAAACACACACACAAAUAUUAUCACAAUUUAAACCCCCCUCUCAGUUCUCAAGCUGGACUCAAGCUUAAAUCCUGCCCCAAAUAAACAGAAAACAAACAAAACACCACAACUGGCAGCUACAUUCCUUUUUGAGUUCAAAGAUUGUUCUUGGUUCUAUUUUUUCAUGUCAAGUAUGCAGUAUGUAAAAAAAGUUGUUUUGUUUUUGUUCAGUCUCUCUUUGUAGCUGUAUGGUGUAUUAUGUGAAUACAUAGUGUAUGUGGUACAAACCACAAUAUUGUUUUAUGUUGCGCGAUAAAUAAAAAGCUAAAAAUGAAAAUUA